AUGGCGGAUCAGCCCCCAGUGGCUUUGCCCAGCAGGGCUGAGCUCCUAGAAGAAUAUGACAUCAUUACUGAUGACGACAUUGAAGAGAUUAAAGAUGCUCUUAAAGGAGGAAGAAUGGCGGACGCAGCAUCCAAGAUUAUGGAAAACUUACAGGCCUUGGAGAAUGCUCGUCUUGAUAUCGCGGUAACAGGAGAGUCCGGCUCUGGCAAGUCCUCUUUUGUCAAUGCCAUCCGGGGCCUGGGGGACGAAGAUGAUGGAGCUGCCCCCACUGGGGUAGUGGAGACGACACUAAAGCCCACUCCUUACCCACACCCCAAGCACCCCAACGUGACGAUCUGGGACUUGCCUGGAAUCGGUACGCCCAACUUCCAGUCCAACACUUACCUGAAACAGGUGGACUUCUGCUGCUACGACUUCUUUAUUCUUAUAGCCUCAGAGCGCUUCAAAUCCAACCAUGCCCGGUUGGCCCAAGAAAUCCAGAUGCAGGGCAAACGCUUCUAUUUUGUACGUUCCAAAGUAGACUGGGAUUUGGAGGCCACCAAAAAGCGUCGGCCACAAGCCUACGAUGAGGAGGGCAUCUUGCAGCAAAUCCGCAAGAAUUGCCAAGAGUGCCUGAAGGCUGAAAAUGUGGCCUCUCCCCGCAUCUUUCUCCUUUCCAACUGGGAGUUGAGCAAGUACGACUUUAUGCUGCUGGAGGAGACCUUAGAGCGAGAACUUCCGAGCCACAAGAGACAUGCCUUCCUCCUAGCCCUGCCCAACAUCUCUUUGGAAAUCUUGCGCAAAAAGAAAGAGGCCUUACAGAAACAGAUCUGGAAGCUGGCCACUGUCUCAUGUGGCGUGGCAGCUGUGCCCAUCCCGGGUCUCUCCGUGGCCUGCGACGUAGCUAUCCUGGUCAAGUCCCUCUCGGAGUACCGCAAGAACUUUGGCCUGGAUGACGACUCCCUGCACAAGUUGGCGGAGAAGGUAAACAAGCCUGUGGAGGAGAUCAAAGUGGUGAUCAAGUCCCCACUGGCCAAAGAGAUCUCCAAGGAUGUGGUGGUGAAGAUGCUCACCAAGGCUGGUGGUGGGGCACUGAUGGUGGCAGAGUAUUUUGCUAGCACAGUGCCCAUAUUUGGUUCCCUGGCCGCUGGGGGGAUCUCCUUCGGAACCACCUACUACAUGCUGCACAGUUCUCUCAACGAAGUAGCAGAAGACGCUCACAAUGUUCUCAUCAAGGCCUUUGAGUCUGACGUUUGAAACGA